AUUGCUUGGAGAUUCGCGCGCUUUUUUUUACUGAAAAAAUCUGUAUGCUCUGUAAUUAGACGCAUAAUUAUAAAACUUAUGUGUGUUGUGUGAUAAAACAAUUGAAAAUAAACUACUAAAGCACUUCAAAACAAACGCAACACAAUGGAUGUUGAUGCAGAAGAGGGUCAAGCGUACCACACGGUGCAGUUGUCUACAAAAGAAAUGCUAAAAAACAAUCGACGUCAACAUUACUGCAAAAUGAUUGACCUCCUCGCCAGCAGUUGCAAAGCUUCAGGUUUGGUAAACACCUCGUUCACUAACGAGGAGCUCGUUCAAUUCUGGUUGGGCGACAUUGCGCCUCUGAUGUUUGAUGAUGAUCGCAGUAUACAGAAUAGCGCUGUUGCUGCGCUAGCUGAGGCUCUGGUUGCCCUAGAUGUGACUGUCAUACAUGAGGCCAAGUGCUGGCCACAAUUGCGCAGCGAGUUUGUCACAAACUACACAAAGAACAUUGGCGAGAUGCGCGAUGCCAAGAACAAUAAUUGGCACAAGAUCUGGACCCUAUUGGUACAGAUCAUGGACAGCGAACUGCUGCGCGGCUGCACGUACAUCAACAAAUUCCUGGCAGUCGUCGAACUGGGCUUUCGCAAUCCCGACAACGGUGUGCGCUCCGAGGCCUUCCUUUGCUGGCGUGUGCUCAUCAAGAUAUUUGCCGCCUACAAUGAGCUGGCGGCGGGCAAACGAUUGAGGCUUUUGCUUAUACCCUUGCGCACAUCGCAGUCGCGUUCAGCACACGUCAGCAGUAUCAAGUUGCGUGUGUGGUGGUAUCUGAUAACUUGCCUGGAAGAUGAGCUGCCCAAUUUGUUUGACAAUGUAGUCGAAUACUUCUUAAGCUUCCUUUUUGGUAGCGGCUCCAGCAAGGCACAAGCCACAGGCUUGGCGCACAGCUAUCAGACAGCCCGUGAAAUGGCCUUGCCCUGCCUCGUUGCACUGUGGAACAUGGAGCCAGCGUCGGAGGGAUUGCAACGCAGCUUACGCGAGCUACGCCUCGAGACGCUCUCACAACCAUCGCCGCUGAUGAACAUCGAACACAUGCAGCAGCACUGGCGUCCCAUGCUGGCAGCCGUUAUAGCGGCAAUUAAAUUGGUUUCCCGGCAGGAUGACAGCACCGAGGCCGAACAGGAGCUGCUGCACCUGCUGCUGCGCAAUCUGACUCUCGCGAUGCACAAGCUGCGCGUCGCUCCCUUCAUUGUGGCCAGCUGCACGGAGCUGCAGAAGACACUGUCUGGAGAUGGACGCAUUGUGCGCUCCUUCUUUAACACAUACGCUGGCGCCGGUGCGGUGUCGGAACGCGUCGACUCGCUGUCAGUGCUGGAAGCCUACAUGAAGCUCUGCCUAAAAGCGCGCUCCGAAGUACCGCCUGCCAUACUGCAGCGUUGCAUUACACUCAUCUAUGCUCCCGAGCAACUGGAGGCUCACAACACCAGCGAAUUUCGAUUGAUAAACGACUUUGCCGUGCUGCUGAUGCAAAGCAACGAUGACGAGGAUUACGAAGCCUUUGGCGUGAAGUUGCACAUUUGGCGACAGCUUUCGCAAUCGCUGCUUAGCUAUCUGCGCGAGAAUCCCCUCGAAUAUCGUGUGGCCCACAAUGCCAUGCUACUGGACAACUGGAUUUUGUGGCCGCUGCAGUCGUGCUCCAGUUUUGCGGGACGUCGUGCGCACAGCGCCUUCGAUGGUGCCUUCUGUGAGCAGUGGAAGCAACUCGUCAAUUCCGGUCACAAUGCCAACGAACGUAAAGAAUUUGUCGGCCAACUGAAGACAGCUCUCGUUGAUCUGUUGAAGAACAGCAGCAAAGAGGAGCCACAUUUUGCAGAGCUGUUUGAUAUAUAUGUUGGCGCAGUACUCAAGCUGGGCAUCUGCAAGGAUGCACCGCUCUACAAAGACGUUUUCGGCGUGCUACAAGCGCUCUUUGAGCGUCCAGCGUUGUCGCAGUCUCUUCUCGAGGGUUGCCUCAACACGCUGCGCAAUCUGCUGCUGGAGCUGCGACAGAACGAGCUGAUGGUCAUCUUUGAUGCACUAAAACCAACGCUGGCCGCUGCUCUGCAAUGCUGGAGCAAACGUAAGUGCGACGGUAGCUUCCUCAACGAGUGGAAACGCGCCAUACAGGAGAAGUUCCGCAAGCUAGCGAUGAAGAGCAUGACCAAUCAACUGAAGGAGCUCUUCAAGGGCGAUGAUCUGUUUGUUAUUAUACCGUCCGUGUGGAGUCUGAAUCCCGACAAGCUCACCGAUCGUCAGAAGGAACGUUUCGCCGAAAAGUCCGACAUACCAGCUCUCUACAACGACAUGAGUCAGUCGCAGGACUCGUCCAUCAAGCCCUGGACACCCAAGAAAGUGGUGAUUGCGAAGAGCAAGCAGUCGGAACUGGCGAUUGGCGGCGAUAAGGAGGAUGUCACCGAGGCUAACGAUGACGUUGUGGUCAUCGAUGAAUCGCCCCCAGCAGAGUUGCCAGUGGUGCCAGCCACGCCCACGCGUCGCCGUCAAACCAUCGAUGAAGUGCAUAGCACUGAAAAGUACAAUUUCCGCAAACCACGCACACCACCUGAAGAAGAGGAGCGGGCUACAAACAAAUCCUCAACCGCCUCCAAUGAGGACACACCCAUUCGCCAGACGCGCCAACGCGCUUCGCAAAAAGACAACAAAGCCGAGCAACCUGCAGCUGCGGCUGCUACCGAAAAAUUGCGCUCACCUCGCAAACAAUCGGCGCCAGCAACCCCGACGACAGCAGCUGUCAGCAAACCUGUUGUGUCUCUUGCUAACAAGUCGAAAGAUGCUGUCAAAGCCAUCAACAUGCAAAGCGAGGAUUUGUUUGCAGAUUUGUCAACACCAACACCCCUACAGCCAAGUGGGCAUCUGCCGUCCGAGCUGGCCAAGAAGGCAUCAAGUGCACCGGAAACCCAGCUGAGCCCCUCACCCGAACAGCUGCCAGCGGAGCUCAUCACCGAACCCUUGCCCGCAGCAGAGAUGUCGCCUAGGAAAUGCACACCACGACUAUGCAAUCUGAAUUCUCCACCGGAUCGCAAGCAGACCAACAACUCGUCGAGUCCCACGCUGCGUCCCAAGCCGUCAGCUCAUCUGACAGGACGUGGCGCACAGCUGAUCAAUAUGAUAAGAAACAAGAAACUGGAUACUGCAGCGCUCUCCUCCUCCACCUCCAGCUCCGCAUCGUCGUUAGCCGGACCCUCGACACGUAGCCAGUUGACGCCGGCGCGUAUCGCGGAGCGCUCUGAGCUGGUGUCGACGCCCACCUGCGAGCUGAACGAACUGCCCGUGGAACACACAUCGACGCCCAUACUGCAGGCCAAAGAACUGUUGAUCUUCUCGAAGCGAUUGCCCUCGCCAUCGGCCAGUCCAUCGGCAUCCAUACUGAAGCGCAAGUUGCGCUGCGAAAGCAUGGAUGACUUUGAGUCGCCGGCAAUGAAACGCAAGCGCGUCAGCUUCCACGAUCCACCCGUUUCUGUGACCAAAGAGUAUUUGCGAGAUGCCGACGAGACGCGCAGCAACAAGUCAAAGCGUUGCCUGCUACCGGACAAGACAACAGCAACAGCAUCGCCAUCGGAGGCACGACAGGCGUUGAAGCGACGCGGUCGCUUGGAUAGCAUCAUUGAGAUUGAGAAGUUUGCCCAUGAACAGACGGCCAGAAGUGCGGACAAGUCGAUGGACAAGAGUCAGGAUGCCAUCGAGGAUGAGGCAUUCGUCACGCUCAAGUGGAAUGAAACCACAACAAUGACAAACACCAGCCACGUUGCCGAUAAGCCAGAUACAGAUGGGGCAGCAACAACAAGCACAACAACAGUAUUGCCCCGGCGUGACUUGGCCAUUUUGGACACAGAUGCCGCACUGGAUCUGGUUGUGGAGCAAUGCUCGCUGGACAAUGUGCUGGAGCGCUACUUUGCCAAGGCCAGUGGCUCCAAUCUCAAGAGCGCUCACACUCUGGCCAAAUUCCUGUCGCAUCAGAUGAAUAGCAACGACAAGUUGAAGACUAGCGUGCUGGAAACGCUCUCGGAGAAUCAUUCCAAGGAGUUUCUGGAUCAUGCCGUGCGCGAGAAUCUCUCGUCCGUCGUGUGCGAUCGUCUCAAUCCCAACUCUGUGCUGGAGUACAUCUGCGCCAAGUCCAAAAUCAACAACAGCUGCCGCAGCAAUUUGUUGGCCCAGGUGCCGGGCAUGAUACGCCUGGAAGCGGAGCGUAUGUCGCUGCUCCAGCAACUGCUGCAGCAGUGCAGCCCCAGCGAUGACCAGUUGCUCGAUCUCAUUGGCCAGCUGAUGCAGUUGCGCGCCGACAAGACCGGCGAACGCAACAGCAACAGCGCCGGCAACAGCUGCGGGGGCAUCGCCAACGACGACGACAAUGUGGCCGAAACCGCUGCAGACUCAUCCUCGAAUUUGUGAGUCGCACACCUCAAUUACUUUAUUUGAACAAAGUAUUUCGUAUUUAUUUGCGGCCAUUUGUCAACCGUCAACCGACCCUCCUCCAUUAUUAUUUUUCCUUAGUUUAAGUUAUAUUUUUAAAGCUUUUUUCGCCCUGUUUUAUGCCAGCUUUGUGGCUAAUCUUGAUUACAAUUACAUCAAAUAAACACAAAUAUUUUAAACCCCA